UUCUUUAGAUCUCUUCUCUUCUGCGGAUUCUUUUAUUCUCUGCUUUCUUGGCACUGCUAAAGACAAAGAAUUCAUCGCUGGUCUUCAUUUUCCUUCACUCUGAAAUUACAAUCUAAUUUAGUGGUCAUCUUUUAAGUUGAAACCAGGCAUCUUGUACCUCUCAUUAGCUCUAACCUAUGUUUGGUUUGCUCUGGGUUUGCUUUUCUGAUUUUUUUCUUUGGAGAAAGGAAAGUGAGAACUAGGGGCAUUGGCUAAACAAGUCUGUCCACUUGGUGGAGAGGUUUCCAGAUAAGAAGGAUCUGAAGGACUUCCCAUGGGCGUGAGGGAAAUCGCACACGCCAUCCGGGGAAGAGGACCAGGAAAUCACUUUUUGUUUUUAAAACAGCAGCGCAGCUCUCAGGGAUGACUCUGUGAGGCUGGGAGGAUCAUAGCUGGGGGAGGCCUCAGUGAGGCUGAGCGUGGGAGCGGAGCUGCCAGUCCUGCCUGAAAACGCGAAAUGAGUCUUGCUUGGUUCUCCCUCCACUGGGCGUGAGGCCCCCUGCCCAGGAGGCCGCAGGACAAAUGGCCCCAUAGCGGAAACUGGGAAGCUUUUAGGCAUCUGAUCAGAGCAGGAGCCAGCCGGGGCACCGCAGUGCCGGACAGGCCAACCAACUCAAACGUUAAGACAUGAAAUCACCAAAGAGAACCACUUUGUGCUUCAUGUUUAUUGUGAUUUAUUCUUCCAAAGCUACACUGAACUGGAAUUUAGAGUCUACUAUUCAUCCUUUGAGUCUUCAUGAAUAUGAACCAGCUGGUGAAGAGGCACUGAGGCAAAAACGAGCCGUUGCCACGAAAAGUCCUACAGCUGAAGAAUACUCUGUUAAUAUUGAGAUCAGUUUUGAAAAUGCAUCCUUCCUGGAUCCUAUCAAAGCCUACUUGAACAGCCUCAGUUUUCCAAUUCAUGGGAAUAACACUGACCAAAUUUUGAGCAUAAAUGUGACAACAGUCUGCAGACCCGCUGGGAAUGAAAUCUGGUGCUCCUGCGAGACAGGCUAUGGGUGGCCUCGGGAAAGUUGCCUUCACAGUCUCACUUGUCAAGAGCAUGACGUCUUCCUCCCAGGGCAUCAUUGUAGUUGCCUUAAAGAACUGCCUACCAAGGGACCUUUUUGCCUGCUUCAGGAAGAUGUUACCCUGAACAUGAGAGUCAGACUAAAUGUAGGCUUUCAAGAAGACCUCAUGAACACUUCCUCUGCCCUCUAUAGGUCCUACAAGACCGACUUGGAAACAGCGUUCCGGAAGGGUUACGGAAUUUUACCAGGUUUCAAGGGCGUGACUGUGACAGGGUUCAAGUCUGGAAGUGUGGUUGUGACAUAUGAAGUCAAGACUACAGCACCAUCACUUGAGUUAAUACAUAAAGCCAAUGAACAAGUUGUACAGAACCUCAAUCAGACCUACAAAAUGGACUACAACUCCUUUCAAGCACUUACUAGCAAUGAAACUAAGUUCUCUGUCACACCAGAAAUCAUCUUUGAAGGGGACACAGUCAGUCUGGUGUGUGAAAACGAACUUUUGUCCUCCAAUGUGUCUUGGCGCUAUGAAGAACAGCAGUUGGAAAUCCAGAACAGCAGUAAAUUCUCAAUUUACACUGCUGUGUUCAACAACAUGACUUCGGUGUCCAAGCUCACCAUCCGCAACAUCACUCCAGGUGAUGCAGGUGAAUAUGUUUGCAAACUGAUACUAGACAUUUUUGAAUAUGAGGGCAAGAAGAAAAUAGAUGUUAUGCCCAUCCAAAUUUUGGCAAAUGAAGAAAUGAAGGUGAUGUGUGACAACAAUCCUGUAUCUUUGAACUGCUGCAGUCAGAGUAAUGUUAAUUGGAGCAAAGUAGAAUGGAAGCAGGAAGGAAAAAUAAGUAUUCCAGGAACCCCUGAGACAGACAUAGAUUCUAGCUGCAGCAGAUACACCCUCAAGGCUGAUGGAACCCAGUGCCCAAGCGGGUCUUCUGGAACAACAGUCGUCUACACUUGCGAGUUCAUCAGUGCCUACGGAGCCAGAGGCAGUGCAAACAUAAAAGUGACAUUCAACUCUGUGGCCAAUCUAACAAUGACCCCGGACACAAUUUCUGUUUCUGAGGGACAAAACUUUUCUAUAAAAUGCAUCAGUGAUGUGAGUAACUAUGAUGAGGUUUAUUGGAAUACUUCUGCUGGAAUUAAAAUAUACCAAAGAUUUUAUACCACGAGGAGGUAUCCUGACGGAGCAGAAUCAGUACUGACAGUCAAGACCUCGACCAGGGAGUGGAAUGGAACCUAUCACUGCGUAUUUAGAUAUAAGAAUUCAUACAGUAUUGCAACCAAAGACGUCGUUGUUCACCCGCUGCCUCUAGAGUUGAACAUCAUGGUUGAUCCUUUGGAAGCUACAGUUUUAUGCAGUGGUUCCCAUCACAUCAAGUGCUGCAUAGAGGAGGAUGGAGACUACAAAGUUACUUUCCAUAUGGGUUCCUUGUCCCUUCCUGCUGAAAAAGAAGUUAACAAAAAACAAGUGUGCUACAAACACAAUUUCAGCGCAAACUCAGUUUCCUGGUGUUCAAAAACUGUUGAUGUGUAUUGUCACUUUACCAAUGCUGCUAAUAAUUCAGUCUGGAGCCCAUCUAUGAAGCUGAAUCUGGUUCCUGGGGAAAACAUCACAUGCCAAGAUCCCAUAAUAGGUGUCGGAGAGCCCGGGAAAGUCAUCCAGAAGCUAUGCCGGUUCUCGAACAUUCCCAGCAGCCCUGACAGUCCUGUUGGUGGGAUCAUCACUUACAAAUGUGUAGGCUCCCAGUGGGAGGAGAAGAGAAAUGACUGCAUCUUUGCCCCAGUAAACAGUCUGCUCCAGAUGGCUAAGGCUUUGAUCAAGAGCCCCUCUCAGGAUGAGAAGCUCCCUACAUACCUGAAGGAUCUUUCUAUUAGCAUAGACAAAGCGGAACAUGAAAUCAGCUCUUCUCCUGGGAGUCUGGGAGCCAUUAUUAACAUCCUUGAUCUGCUCUCAACAGUUCCAACCGAAGUAAAUUCAGAAACGAUGAUGCACGUGCUCUCUACGGUUAAUGUCAUCCUUGGCAAGCCUGUCUUGAACACCUGGAAGGUUUUACAACAGCGAUGGACCAAUCAGAGUUCACAGCUACUACAUUCAGUGGAAAGAUUUUCCCAAGCAUUACAGUCAGGAGAUAGCCCUCGUUUGUCCUUCUCCCGAACUAAUGUGCAGAUGAGCAGCAUGGUGAUCAAGUCCAGCCACCCAAAAACCUAUCAACAGAGGUUUGUUUUCCCACACUUUGACCUCUGGGGCAAUGUGGUCAUUGACAAGAGCUAUCUAGAAAAGUUGCAGUCGGAUUCAUCUAUUGUCACCAUGGCUUUCCCAACUCUCCAAGCCAUCCUUGCCCAGGAUAUCCAGGAAAAUAAUUUUGCAGAUAGCUUAGUGAUGACGACCACUGUCAACCACAAUAUGACUAUGCCAUUCAGGAUUUCAAUGACUUUUAAGAACAACAGCCCUUCAGGUGGCGAAACACAGUGUGUCUUCUGGAACUUCCGGCUUGCCGACAACACAGGAGGGUGGGACAGCAAUGGGUGCUAUGUUGAAGAAGGUGAUGGGGACAAUGUCACCUGUAUCUGUGACCACCUAACGUCAUUCUCCAUCCUCAUGUCUCCUGACUCCCCAGACCCUAGUUCUCUCCUGGGAAUACUACUGGAUAUUAUUUCUUAUGUCGGGGUGGGCUUUUCCAUCUUGAGCUUGGCGGCCUGUCUAGUUGUGGAAGCUGUGGUGUGGAAGUCAGUGACCAAGAACCGGACUUCCUAUAUGCGCCACACCUGCAUAGUGAAUAUUGCUGCCUCCCUUCUGAUAGCCAACACCUGGUUCAUUGUGGUCGCUGCCAUCCAGGACAAUCACUACAUACUCUGCAAGACAGCCUGUGUGGCUGCCACCUUCUUCAUCCACUUCUUCUACCUCAGUGUCUUCUUCUGGAUGCUGACACUGGGCCUCAUGCUGUUCUAUCGCCUGGUUUUCAUUCUGCACGAAACAAGCAGGUCCACUCAGAAAGCCAUUGCCUUCUGUCUUGGCUAUGGUUGCCCGCUUGCCAUCUCAGUCAUCACGCUGGGAGCCACCCAGCCCCGAGAAGUCUACACAAGGAAGAAUGUCUGUUGGCUCAACUGGGAGGACACCAAGGCCCUGCUGGCUUUUGCCAUCCCAGCACUAAUCAUUGUGGUGGUGAACAUAACCAUCACUAUUGUGGUCAUCACCAAGAUCCUGAGGCCUUCCAUUGGAGACAAGCCAUGCAAGCAGGAGAAGAGCAGCCUGUUUCAGAUCAGCAAGAGCAUUGGGGUCCUCACGCCACUCUUGGGCCUUACUUGGGGUUUUGGUCUCACCACUGUGUUCCCAGGGACCAACCUUGUGUUCCAUAUCAUAUUUGCCAUCCUCAAUGUCUUCCAGGGAUUAUUCAUUUUACUCUUUGGAUGCCUCUGGGAUCUGAAGGUACAGGAAGCUUUGCUGAAUAAGUUUUCAUUGUCACGAUGGUCUUCACAGCACUCAAAGUCAACAUCCUUGGGUUCAUCCACACCUGUGUUUUCUAUGAGUUCUCCAAUAUCAAGGAGAUUUAACAAUUUGUUUGGUAAAACAGGAACAUAUAAUGUUUCCACCCCAGAAGCAACCAGCUCAUCCCUGGAAAACUCAUCCAGUGCUUAUUCGUUGCUCAACUAAAAACAGGAUAAUCCAACCUACGUGACCUCCUGGGGACAGUGGAUGUGCUUUUAAAAAGAGAUCCUUGCAAAGCAAUGGGGAACGUGUUCUUGGGGCAGGUUUCCAGGAGCAGAUGCCAAAAAGACUUUUUCAGAGAGAAGAGGCUUUGUUUUGUAAAGACAGACCAAAAGUAAUUGUUAUGUUUAUGUUUGUUCCCUCCACCUCCCCCUUGUGUGAUAGCACAUGUGUAUAGUAUUUAAGUGAAACUCAAGCCCCCCAAGGCCCAACUUCUCUGUCUAUAUUGUAAUAUAGAAUUUCAAAGAGACAUUUUCACUUUUUACACAUUGGGCACAGAGAUAAGCUUUGAUGAACAUAGUAAGUAAAAGGCUACCUAGAAAAUACUUCAGUGAAUUCUAAGAAGGAAGGAAGGAAGAAAGGAAGGAAGGAAGGGAGGGAAAGAGGGAGAAAGGGAAAAAGAAGAAAAAGAGAAAGAUGAAAAUAGGAACAAAUAAAGACAACAUUAAGGGCCACAUUUUAAGAUUUCCAUGUUAAUGAUCUAAUAUAAUCACUCAGAUAGUGCAACAUUGAGAAUUUUUUUUAAUGGCUCAAAAAUGGAAACUGAAAGUCAGCCACAGGGAAUGAAUGCUUUGGGCAGUGUCUUCCUGAUGUCUUCUUAGCUAAGAGGAGGGAAAAAAGGCUGAAAAAAUAGGGAGGAAAUUCCUUCAUCAGAACCACUUCGAGUGGAUAAUAAUAUUUAUAAGAAAUGAAUGGAAGGAAAUAUGAUUCUCCUGAGGCUAAACACAUGCAUAUAUACUUUAUAUGUUAAGGUUUGAACUAAGUGAAUGUAUCUGCAGAGGAAGUAUUAUAAAGAUACGUCAUUAGAUCCAAGUGCAGAUUAAAUUUUUAUAGUUUAUCAGAAAAGCCUUAUAUAUUUGUUCCACAUUUUGAAAGCAAAAAAUAUAUUUUUUAUAUACCCUUCAAUUACCAAAUUUGAUAUAUUGCACUGAAGACAGACCCUGUCAUAUAUUUAAUGGCUUUAAGCAGGUACUUCUCUGUGCAGUAUAGAUUUUAAUAAUCGUAUAGCAUUGUACAUUAUUAUUGUUGUUGUCACUGUUAUUGUUACUGUGGAUAAUGGCCCUUGGUGUGUUGUAGAGCUCCUUAUGUAUUCUCUGUUUCCAUCUUUAAGUUCCCAGACCAAUAUACAUUAAGACCUUUGCAUGGUCUAAGUUGUGUUUAUUCCAACCACUUAGAAAGCUCCUGGAAAGAAAUUUUACAUUUGGCUGUUCUGUGCUCCUAAUGACACUUGACCUUGUUGAACAAAUGGCAGAACCUUUUCCAAGGAUUUGAUUGUGAAUUAUCUGCAUGUGUGCUUUUUGUGUGUGUGUGUGUAUGUAUUUCAUUAAAAAAUAUAAAUAUUUAUGAAAAUAGCA